AUGUAUAAAUAUUUGAUUAUUUGCCUUGUUGCAUUUUCCUUUCCUAUAAACGCGAGACCGACAUUUGAUGUGCUGUAUAAGCUUGCUCAAGACAUAGAGCAGGAAUUGAUCGAUGAUUCCCAACCGGCAUCGCGAGAUCCAUAUAGAAACAGAAAUCCAGGACCAGGCUAUGGAUAUGGACCAGUACCUCCCCCGCACAGUAUAACUUACCCGGUGUAUUCAAAUAGAAUCCAACCAACAUAUCCAGGGGAAUAUCCACCCCAUUAUUCCCCAGAGCCAUACCCCAGUGCAGUUGGAAACCCUUCUGUACCACUUUAUCCAGCACCAUAUUCACGUUAUGGACCAUAUCCACAGCCAUAUCCCUCCAACAAUAACUUUAUUCAAGGUCAACAAAAUUUAUAUGACUAUCCAAACCCAGAUCAAUAUGGGAACAAUGGCUAUGGAUAUGUAAGUGGUUCCAAUUCGUAUGCUUAUGGAAGUAAAUCAGGAUACAAAAAUAUGGGCUACUAA